AUGGCUAGCCUUAGGAAGGGGUCAGAGUACCUCUUCCCUGGGGAAACGGAAAGAAGAGGGGGACUGAAGACACAGUUUCAGGUCUGUUUUAACUUUGGAAAUGGACUUCACUUUGAGGCCAUAAAUACAGGAAGCGAAGAUAAGCUGCUUCCCAGGCCUGCCCACGUGCGGGCCAAGAGGGCCUGGAUCACUGCCCCCGUGUCCCUUCGGGAGGGAGAGGACCUCUCCAAGAAGAAUCCGAUUGCCAAGAUACAUUCUGAUCUUGAAGAAACAAACGGACUAAAAAUCACGUACAAAUUCACUGGAAAAGGGAUUACAGAGCCACCAUAUGGUAUAUUUGAAUAUAACAAAGACACUGGAGAAUUAAGUAUCACCAGGAUUCUUGAUCGAGAAGAAACUCCAUUUUUUGUGCUUACAGGUUAUGCUUUGGAUAGCAAAGGAAACAACGUAGAGAAACCAUUAAAUCUGAACCUUAAAGUUCUUGAUAUCAAUGACAAUGAACCAGUGUUCACCCAGGACGUCUUUGUUGGGUCCAUUGAAGAGCUAAGUGCGCUAAAUACUUUUGUGAUGAGAAUCAAUGCCACAGACGCGGAUGAGCCCAAUACCAUGAAUUCUAAAGUGUCCUACAGAAUCGUGUCGCAGGAGCCUGCGUCUCCUUCAGUGUUCUACCUGAAUAAAGAUACUGGGGAGAUAUACACAACCGGUACCCUGGACAGAGAGCAAUACAGUACCUAUACUUUAGUAGUAGAAGCAAAAGAUGGUUAUGAACAAAUAACUGACAAACCAGUAAACCAGGCUCAAGUUCAGAUUCGUAUUUUGGAUGUCAAUGACAAUAUACCUGUACUGGAACAUGAAAUGUAUGAAGCGACAGUUGAAGAAAAUCAAGCCAAUGUGGAAGUGAUCCGCCUGAAAGUGUUGGAUGCCGAUGAAGUUGGUACUGAUAAUUGGUUGGCAAAUUUUACAUUUCUGUCAGGAAAUGAAGGAGGCCACUUCCACAUAGAGACUGAUGCUCAAACGAACGAGGGCAUUGUGACCCUUGUGAAGGAAGUAGAUUAUGAACAAGUGAAGAAUCUUGACUUUGUCAUUGCGGUCACUAAUAAAGCAGCUUUCCACAAAUCAAUUCGUAAUACAUUCAGGCCAACAGGCAUCCCCAUCAAAGUAAAGGUGAAAAAUGUGAAAGAAGGCAUCUAUUUUAAAAGUGACACAAUCCACGUCCAGGUCAGUGAAGGCAUGGAUACGACCAGCCAAAGCCGAACACUCGGGAAAUUUCCAGUUUUUGAUGAAGACACUGGACAGCCAGCCCGUGUAACGUAUAUGAAAUUUGAAGAUCUAGAUAAUUGGGUUUCUGUGGAUUCUGCCUCAUCAGAAAUUAAACUUGUCAAAAGCCCAGAUUUUGAAUCCAGAUACGUGCAAGAUGGUGUCUAUGUCGUAAAAGUUCUGGCUGUAUCAGAAGACUUUCCUAGGAAAACCAUCACGGGCACCGUCAGUAUCACGGUUGAGGACACCAAUGACAAUUGUCCCACACUGGUAGAGCCGGUACAGACCGUGUGCGACUACAUGGAGUUUGUGAAUGUGACCGCAGUGGACCUGGAUGGGCACCUCAACAGUGAUCCCUUCACCUUCUCCAUCGUUGACACACCUCCAGGAAUGGCAGAGAGAUGGAGAAUAGCACAGCAAGCAAGUACCAGCGUGCUGUUGCAGCAAACCGAAAAGCAGGUUGGGAGAAGUGAGAUUCAGUUCUUGAUUUCAGAUAGUCAGGGCCUCAGCUGCUCUGAAAAGCAGGUGCUGCAGCUCACAGUCUGUCAGUGUCAGCACGGCCUGGGCUGUGCAGAAAAGCGCUCUGACGCCUACGUGGGCCUGGGACCCGCAGCCGUCGCACUCCUGAUUUUGGCCCUCCUGCUCCUGCUACUUGUACCGCUUAUGCUGCUGAUGUGCAAUUGUGGAGAGGGCGCCAAAGGCUUCACCCCCAUCCCUGGCACCAUUGAAAUGCUGCACCCCUGGAACAAUGAAGGGGCGCCACCCGAAGACAAGGUAGUGCCAUCGCUUCUGGCUGUGGACCACGGGGAGAACUUGGCAGUAAGAAAUGGUGUGGGUGGCAUGGUCACCAAGGAAGCCACCAUGAAGGGAAGUAGCUCCGCCUCCUUCACCAAGGGGCAGCAUGACAUGUCUGAGGUGGACACGCGGUGGGACGAGCACAGGAGCCUUCUUUCUGCGGCGCCUGCCCAGGUGACAGGGGCAGCAGGGGCCAGCCUGGGCACUGAAACCAUGAGAAGCCUGAGAGCCACCGGCUCUUCCAGGGACUUGGCUGGAGCACGAGCAGCUGCAGUUGCACUGAAUGACGACUUCUUGAAAGAUUAUUUCACUGAGAAAGCAGCCUCUUACACUGACGAAGAUGACGUGCGCCUGGCCAAGGACUGCCUCCUGGUGUAUUCUCAGGAAGAAACGGCAUCUCUGCACGGCUCCAUCGGCUGUUGCAGUUUUAUCGAAGGAGAGUUCGAUGACCGCUUUUUAGAUGACCUGGGGCUUAAGUUCAAGACAUUAGCUGAGGUUUGCCUGGGUCAGAAAAUAGGGAUAGAGACAGAAACUGAGCAGAGGCAAAAGCCUGUCGCAGACACAAGAGUGAACACAGCCUCGUAUCCACUCUAUGAGCAAGCUGCAGUUAGUUCCGAGACUGCCUACUCCUCCGGCGGCAGCAGCAGCGCUCACAGGUCAAAGCCUUUGCGUGAAGCACAUGCAGAAACCGUAACUCAGGAAAUAGUCACCGAGAGAUCCGUGUCUUCCAGGCAGGGUCAGAAGGUGGUGCCACCUCGCACCGAUCCUUUGGCUUCUAGCAAUAUCAUAGUGACAGAAACUUCCUAUGCCACAGGUGCCCCUGUGCCACCAAGCACUGUGAUCCUGGCUCCCAGACAGCCCCAGAGCCUUGUGGUGACAGAGAGGGUGUAUGCUCCAGCUGCCUCAUUGGUAGAUCAGCAUUUUGCUAAUGACGGCAGUGUCACAGUCACCGAGAGAGUCAUACAGCCUAGUGGGGGCGUGCCCAACCCUCUUGACGGCCCCCAGCACCUGCAAGAUUAUGUUAUGGUGCAGGAGCGAGAAAGCAUCCUUGCCCCCAAGUCAGGCAUGCAGCCCACGCUGGCUGUGCCCGUAGGACAGAAUGUGACAGUGACCGAAAGAGUGCUGGCACCUGCUUCCCUGCCGUCCAGUUACCCAGUUCCCUCGGCAGCCUCUGUCAUGACCCAGAGGACCACAGGGUCUGCAGCUAGAAGCGCUGGCCCUCUUCCCAGUGCUGGCUUAGAAGAAUCUGGUCAUUCUAGUUCCACCACGACCACUUCUUCCACCAGAGUCACCAAGCGUAGUACCAUCCAGCAAUCUUACUCCUGAGCCGCCAUCAGCCCUAAACUGACAUGGAGUUCAGCUAACAGUGACUGAGCAUAUGUUUUCUAUAUGCCAAGCAUUUUCUAUAUGCCACGCACUACACAUGUGCAUGUCUGCACACAUGUUCUGCUUACACCUUGUCCCAGCCACUCAUGUGCCAUGAUAGGCCCUGUGUCCGUUCCCAGGAGCAUGUUUCGGAACUGCUCCAUGAUUUUCUGAGGACUCGGUGAUGAUGCUGUUUAAGUGCCUUUUAGUGAGUUUUGCAAACAGUAUUCUCAAGAAGUCAACAGAGAGGAAAUCGGAUUUUUAAGAACUUAUCCUGUUAAUACUGGGUACAUCUAGUUGGUCCGCCGACUCCAACAGCAACCCCAAAAACUGAUUAGAUCUGCUUACAUUCUGUCCUUUGCUGCACCUAACUGAUUAUCAGCAACCCAUUUGCCCAAAGAUGCAUGGUGCAGUCUGGGCUAUGGGCUGUGCUGCUGGUUUUCCUGAAGUCCUUUUUAUUCUGAGAUGAAAUUCGGGGAUGUUGAUAUGGCAAGAGCACACACUUUCUGAGCAUGGGAGUGCACUUGUGUGCUUUUACUACCCGUGUUGCAUGACCUUAAACAUGACAUUAUAUCUUCCUAGUCACAACAGUCAUGAAACUUUUGAGCACUAAAUCAAUUGAAUGAUCCAAGACAAAAUGCAUCAAUAAGGCAGUAAAAUGCUUUCGUGUGAGAAAACUCAGGAUCUGUUCCCUGUAAAGCAGCGGUAAGUUAGCAACACUGAGUUAGCCAGCUAUAUACUGUGGUAGAUUCUGUGCCUGUUUCGCUGCUGUGCUGCCUCACUUGACUUAGGUACCAAAUACUCGCAGAACUAACUGCAUUUUCUUAUUGCCAAAGUGUCAGAACGUUGCGUAUUCCUGUAGUUAUGAAUUUGAAAUUCUCAUUUAAUUUCAUUUUCUCAGAGUCCUUAAGUGGCUAAUCAUGAUUUCCUAAGUAGUAAUCUGAUCUGCCCAAAAUCCUUGCCUUUCCUCUUAAAAGUUUUUUUUUAACUUAUUUAGCUCUUUCAAUAUAUUGUAUUUUCCUGUGCCUAGAGACAAUGUUUCAAAUGCACAUCAGUAAUGAUUUUAUGUAUUUUCUAUAAUAAUGGUUUUCAUAACUUUAGAGACUUUCCAAGGUGUUUUUCUUGGGGAAAUAAAAGCUAUUUCUUGACUUUUAAUGUAUUUUUCUGGGAAAAUGAAACUUUUAACUGACUUUGUAAAUUUUUUUUAAUAUCUUUUUUACUUGAAUGAUGCUUGGAAAGGAUGCUGUGUGCCUCACUCAUAGAGUAGAGAAGUCAGGACAAGUAUUUUUGGCCUCAUAAGGCUAAGAAGGAAAAUUACUUUUCUUUGAAACUCUAGAAUUUUUUUACCCUGCAAGAAGUUGUGGGUUUUUUUUUUUCUUGUUGUUGUUGUUGAAUAAGAUAUUUUUGCAAAGUACACAACAGUAAAUUGCUGUGUGAAAAAUGUAACUAUAACCUGUGUCCUCAGAGAACACUUGGUCUUAAGCUUCCUCCAUGGGCAGGCUUGAACAUGGAAACUGUUAAGUUGUACAUAGCAACCACAUCUUCCAUGUGAUUGCUCGCAUUGUAAAAGGGUGAUUUGCAUUUGUUUUUGCAUUUGUUC